GGGAAGGACGUGGCUAUGCAGAUCUUGCUUCCUCUCCCCCAAUUAGGUGUGAGAGGGCUGGGGAGGUUGGGGCGGGGAGGAGUAUUUAUUGCAUGCAAGGAGGUACGGCUGCUUUCAGUGAGUCAAACGACGCGUAGGUUUCCUCUCGUCCCAGGCCGAAGAUCCGUUGUCGACUCAGAAAUGGAUCUUGAUAUCCAGUGUCAAGAGUUUAGUGGAUCAAAAUGGAAAGAACUUGUUCCUUCCCUGAGACAGUACAAAACUAUUAGGAUGGAUGACUGCGGACUCUUACAUAGUAACUGUGCCGAUAUCGCCUCUGUUUUGAGUACAAACAAGGCCCUGACUGAACUUACACUGAAUAACAAUGAACUGGGAGAUUCUGGUGUGGGUGUGCUGUGCAAAGGAUUGAUGGAUCCAAGUUCUACCCUUCAGAAGCUCUGGCUGAAAAACUGCAAUCUAACUAAAGCCUGCUGUGAGAAUCUCCGUUCCGUGCUUAGAGCAAAACCAUCUCUGAUAGAGCUACAUUUGGGAGACAACAACUUGGGCCCAUCAGGACUUAAAGUUCUGUGCGAAGGACUUCUGGAUCCCAACUGCCAGCUGCAGACACUUCAUCUGGAGUAUUGUGAACUCUCUGAAGAAGUCGCAGAGGCUCUCAGCUCUGCACUGCGCACCAAGUCAUGCCUGAAGGAACUCAACCUGAGCCACAACUCGCUAGGGGAUGCAGCAGUGAAACACCUGUGCCAGGCUUUGCAGGAUGCUAACUGUAAACUGCAGUCGCUACAGUUGGACAACUGCGACUUCACAGUUGCGAGCUGCGGGGACCUCAGUGCUGUCCUUAGUGCAAAUUCCUCCUUGACAGAACUUUGCCUGGGCGAGAACAAGAUUGGUGAUGCAGGUGUAGCACUCCUGUGUCAAGGCCUGCUGAAUCCAAAUUGCAAAAUACAGAAGCUGACGUUAUGGGAAUGUGACAUCACAGCUGCUGGCUGCAAGGACCUUUCCAAUGUCAUUAGUACCAAAGAGACCCUCAGAGAACUGAAUCUCAUUGGAAACAACAUUGGAGAUCAAGGAAUGGACUUCCUCUGUCAAGGACUGAAGGAUCCAAACGCUAAACUCCAAUCACUGUGGCUGCGAGAAUGUGGUCUGACUACAGCCUGCUGUAAGAGCAUUAGCUCUGUUCUCUGCACAAACAGUAUCCUGAAAGAGCUGCAUAUUGCAAGCAAUCCACUUAAAGAUGCAGGAGUGAUUGAGCUCUGUGAAGGAUUGAUGAGCCCCAGCUGCAACCUACAGUGCCUCUGGUUGGGCAAUUCAGUACUCACACCUGCUUGCUGCGAGAAACUUGCCACCCUCAUAGCUGCAAAGCCAUGCCUGGAGGAGCUGGACCUGAGCUAUAAUGAGCUACGGAAUGAAGGUGUGCUUAAGCUUUGUGAAGCAGUGAGAAACCCAAACUGUCACCUGAAGCUCUUAAUCUUAUAUGACAUCUUCUGGUCUACUGCUGUGGAUAAGGAACUGAAGGCCCUGGAAGAAUCAAAACCUGGAUUUAAAGUGGUUACAUGAGCGAUGUGACCUAGAUAAGGCCACUCCUGCUGCCUUUGCUUCUGUCAGGAUCCCUUUUUAAUCCAAGCUGGCUGACCAUAUAACAAUAAUGGACAUCUUAUGAUUCCAAAUUCAUUGACUUGGCAAAUCUGUGUCUAGAAAUCACAUUCAAACCAGGGUUGUAUUGUGCAGCUUUGGAAAACGCUUCUGGGAUAUAUCUUAGGUCCAGAACAUAUAAGAUAAUCAAGCAAUGUUGGUGGGUCUUCCACUCUUAUCUUCUGCUUGGGAAAUAAGAUCAGCACUAAGCAGAAUACAUCUCUUGCCAGGUUUCACAAGGCAGUAAUAGUUCUAUGCCAGUAAUGUAAACUCAAAGGGAGAAUUGUAUUGGAGACUUUUUAGAAAGAAUAAAUUGGGGAAUAGCACUCUUUUAAUUGUCAUAGUUGUUAUGUAUUCCCUCUCCUAAAUAUGUCUGAAUUCAUAUUUCUGCAGCAAGUGAACUUAUUUUUGUAGAAACACAAAGUUCGCUUGCAAGAACAUUAUACUUGUCAUCUUGUCUGAGUCUAUUUGGAGCAAAAGCUUACAUGAAGUUCUCUUGAGUAUUGAAGCGGAGACCUCUAAUUUUAUUUCAGGAAUACCUUGGAGCCUCUGGAGUCAGGUGGUAUAUGAAUUUAAAUAAAUAAAUACACUGCAGCUUAUAUUUAAAAAAAAACAACCUUGUGCUAUAUGAGUCAGUGAAUCACUAGUAGUGUACUUUUCUUUUAUUUUCUUGUCUGGUUGCAGUUAACUAUGACUUGUCACUGGUGUAACCAGACUCCUUGUGCAAAUAUUACCUGUGCUAAAUAACAGUGUUAAGAAAUAACUGCAAGAGAGGUGUGGGGGAAGAGAACAGGAGAAGCUACAGUAGAAUCAAUCUCCAUUACAACCCUUUAUCCCUGACCCCCCAAAAUAUGGCAAAAGAUCAGAGCAAUAUUGACUUAGUAUUGUGCAUAUGACAUUUUAUUUAUUUUAUUUUAUUUAACACAUUUUUAUACCGCCCAAAACCCAUGUCUCUGGGUGGUUUACAACAAAAAGAAAAAGUAAAAUCAUUAGUAAAAACAAAUAAAUGACAAAAUAAAACAUUGGUUAAAAUAAAUGACAACAAAAAGUUAAAACAUAAGAAUUCAAAACCUUAAAACAAUAUUUUAAAAUGAAGCUAAAACUAUUAAAACUGUAUUCAAUUAAAAGCCUGGGUGAACAAAUGUGUCUUUAAAAAAAAAAAAAUUGUCGGGGAUGGGGAAGCUCUUAUUUCAGCAGGGAGUGCGUUCCAAAGCAUCGAGGCAGCAACUAAGAAGGCCCGUCCCCAAGUAGCCACCAGACGAGCUGGUGGCAGCUGCAGACAGACCUCUCCUGAUGAUCUCAAUAGGCGGUAGGGUUCUUGUCGAAGAAGAUGUUCUCUUAAAUACCCAGGGCCCAAGCCUUUUAAGGCUUUGUAGGUUAUAACCAGCACCUUGUAUUUUACCUGGAAACUUAUUGGCAGCCAGUGUAGCUCUUUCAACACAGGAGUAAUAUGGUCUCUCCGAGAUGACCCAGAGACCAACCUGGCUGCUGCAUUCUGAACCAGCUGUACUUUCCAGACUACAUACAAAAGCAGCCCCACAUAGAGCACAUUGCAGUAGUCCAGUCUGGAGGUUACCAGCAUAUAUACCACUGUCCUGAGGUCAUUCUUCUCAAGAAACGGACGCAGCUGGCAUAUCAGCCGAAGCUGAUAAAAGGCACCUCUGACCACCGUCUCAACCUGGGAAACCAGGGAGAAGCCUGGAUUCAGAAGCACCCCCAGACUGUGCACCUGUUCCUUCUGUGGAAGUGUGACCCCAUCCAGAACAGGCAGAUCAAACUCAUCUCCUGAGCUUCAACCCCACACAAUAAGUACCUCCAUCUUAUCUGGAUUCAGUCUCAGUUUGUUAUCCCUCAUCCAGCCCAUCACCACCUCCAGGCAGGCAUUUAGGGAGGUUAUGCCUUCUCCUGAUGAAGUUAACAUGGAGAAAUAGAUUUGGGUGUCAUCAGCAUACUGAUAGCACCCUGCACCAAAUCUCCUGAUGAUCUCUCCCAGCGGUUUCAUGUAAAUAUUAAACAACAUCAGAGACAAUACAGAGCCCUGAGGGACACUAUACGAAAGUUCAGAUUUUGAAGAACAGUCCCCAAGGGACACCAUCUGGAAUCCGCCUGAAAGAUAGGAGCAGAACCACUGCAGAGCAGUGCCCCCCCGCCCAGACGCUCCAGAAGGAUACUAUAGUCAAUAGUAUUAAAAGCUGCCGAGAGAUCCAAGAGGACCAACAGAGUCACACUUCCUCUGUCAAUUCCCAGUUGGAGAUCAUUUAUCAGGCCGACCAAGGCAGUCUCCACCCCAUAGCCCUCCCAAAAGCCAGUUUGAAACAGGUCUAAAUAAUCAGUUUCCUCCAAGACUAUCUGGAGCUGGGAAGCCACGACCCUCUCAAUUGCCUUGCCCAGCCACGGAAGGUUGGAGAGAGGCCUAUAGUUACUCAGCUCUGAGGGAUCCAAGGAAGGCUUCUUUAGAAGUGGUCCAGUAAUUGCCUCCUUAAGACAAAUUAUGUUUAAAUGCUGGGUGACACACUGGGCUUUUCCCUUAAUCACUCUCACUGUCCUGAGAUUAUAAAAUGAUUUACCAGUAGCAACUCUUAAACCUGAUUAAACAAUGAAUGUGUCUUGAUGCCGAUGCCUGUUUUGGAAGGAACUGGGAAUCCAAUGAUCAAGGCAGCAGCAAUCUCAGGUUUAAUAUAAGAGUAUGUAGAUAUUCAGAGUAUGCUUUGUAUUGUGGAUGAGCCACUUUGUUCCAUAUUAACAUGGUAUUUUGGAUCACUAGGCCUCUUCUUAGAGGUCACAGAAACCACUAGGUGUCAGUAUGGCACAUAGGAAACUGCCAUACACUGAGUCAGACCAUUGGUCUAUCUAGCUCAGUAUUGUCUUCACAGACUGGCAGUGGCUUCUCCAAGGUUGCAGGCAGGAAUCUCUCUCAGGCCUAUCUUGGAGAAGCCAGGGAGGGAACUUGGAACUUAGAUGCUCUUCCCAGAGCGGCUCCAUCCUCUAAGAGGAAUAUCUUACAGUGCUCACACUUCUAGCUAUAUGCCUUAAAAGCUAUAUUCCAUUGCUAAAAAGAACUGGCUGUUGUGCUUAUGGUGCAAUUAACUAUUCUUGAUCACCUUGCUUUCUUAAAUGCUGCUUAAUAUUAUUGUGUAAACUUUUAGUUAAAGCCUGUUGUGCUUCUACAAUGUAAUGCAGACUCUAGUGUUAAAAAUGCACAAAUCCAAAUAAAACUGAGUUAAAAUCUU